CGGACCGGGAGUCGGUCAGAGUCCUCAGCGCGGCGCCGGAAAGUUCUCGAGCCUGAACCGGGUCGCAGCAGAACCGAGUCCGGGAGGGUCCGACUGGAUCUACACACGCAGCGGAUUAAGAACCUUUUAUUUUAAACUCGGACGGGACGGGCGGAAGGACUCGGGUGGACUCGGCUUUGUUCGCUUCGGCUCCGGAUACUCACACACACACGCACACAAAAUAGUUUAGUUUUUAUGAUAUUUUUUAAAAAAGCGUUUAAUUAUUUUUUAUUCUUCAGUUUUUCCACGUUGAGUUUCAUUUCACUUUAGAAGAAGACGAAUAAACGGAACUCACAGCUGACUGACGACACGUUGCGCAACCCAGACAAUCAUAAUACAACGAGACAAAGACGUCAUCGCGGACUCCAGCGCUCCCAGGAGCAGAGCUGCUGGUCCCAGUCCGAGGGGAAAUCUUUUGUGUGUGUUAUUUUAUGUUUUGGAAAACUUCUGGUGAGACCAUCCGCUCCCCUCGACUGGGUUUCUGCUGAUUCUACUGGUUUCCUGUUGACCUGCAGUCCCAACCGGUCCAGAAGAUGAGCGUGGGCGUGACCGCGGCUCGGUCUCAGCUGUGUCUGAAGAGGCUAUUGGACGAGCCCCAGGACAUCGUGAAAUGUAAAGUGGCUCGCCUGGAGGCGGACCCUCCCACAACCAGCCUGUCCCACUGCCUCAGGCCCAGAAGCCCCGCCCCCAAGUCCAACGAGAGCCAAUCCCCAUCCAGAGUGGGAUCGUACUUCCUGUUCGGACGCUGCGAGGGGGAAAAGAGUUACAGGGCCGAGCACGCGCACACGAAGGAGCAAUACACCUGCCAGGUACUUCCUCUCCGUGGUUACCAAGAGCGGUUGGCUGCCUACGCUCGCAUCGGUCACCACGACAACGUCUGCGGCCUGCUGGACGUGGUGGUCGGCCGGGACAGCGUGUACGUCUUCCUGCCCGGUCACCACGGCGACAUGCACGCGUACGUGCGGAGCAGGAAGCGUCUCGCCGAGGAGGAGGCGGGGCUUCUGUUCGCCCAGAUGCUGGACGCCGUGCUGCACUGCCAUCGCCACGGAGUCGUGCUGCGAGACCUGAAGCUGCGCAGGUUCGUCUUCCUCGACAAACACAGGACGCGUCUCGCUCUGCUCGGAUUGGACGACUGCGUCCUCCUGCACGGCGACCGCGACGACGACUCCCUGACGGACCGACACGGCUGCCCCGCCUACGUCAGCCCCGAGCUGCUGACCGACGGGACGCGGUCCUACUCGGGCCGCGCGGCGGACAUCUGGAGCGUGGGCGUGUCUCUGUACACCAUGCUGAUUGGACGAUACCCGUUCCAGGACACGCGGCCCGCCGCGCUGUUCGCCAAGAUCCGCCGCGGCGCCUUCGCCGUGCCUCGCUGGCUGUCGCCGCAGGCCCGGUGUCUGAUCGGCUGCAUGCUGCGGAGGUCGCCCGCGGAGAGGCUGACGGCGGCGGAGCUGCCGAUGCACCCGUGGCUGAGCGGGCCGCGCGCCUCCGGCAGGACGCAGCACGCCGCGCGCAGAACGCCGGCGAGUCCGCGGGAGGACGGCGAGCAGGUGGUGCCCGCGUGGACCGAGAAACACUGACGCACGCCGGUACCUCUUUGUCCCGUCGGCCCCUCGGUAAACGUUCACCUCCUGGAGUCUGAACCCGUCGACGACCUUCAGACGACCUUCGGGCACCGUUACUCAAACCAGACGCGCGUUCUUCCCCCGCGAUGACGAGACGCCGUGAAACACUGACUAUCAAUGUGUGAUAUGGAUGACGGAGAAUUUGCUGACACCCCCUCCCAAAAAAAAGACAGAAUUUUAGAGACAUUUCCAACUAACAAUGACGACAACGGGGCUUUGGAGAAAGAAAUUAGAUGUUUUGGCUCGACUGAAAUGUUCAUUAGAUCUGAUAACUAAAAAAAACACUAAAAUGUUUCAUGAACUAAGAAUUUCACCAAAAAAAGUUAACAGAUUCAACUAAAAUGCCCAAACUUAGUCGACUAAACUUGACUGAAAUAAACCUCACCACAACUAACAUUGGUCCUCACAAAGAUAGAGCACACACACACACACACACACACACACAGAUUACUUGAUCAGACCAUCAGGUGCCUUCCUCUCGCUGCGUCUCCAUUCAAGCUCCGACAACUUCACACCAGAACCAGCGGUGGGUUCAGGUGCUGUUCGUAAAGUGGAGAAUUUCCCAGUUCCCCUUCAACAGAAUUAGAUCCCAGCGUUUCACUACAGACUCAUUAACAUCCUGCAGGGGAGAUUUUGAUUGGACCACCAGCAGAAGACUGAAUACACAGUUGUUUAGAAGAGUGGACUUUGAAGGAGGCGGAGCCUAACAUGGGACACAGCUCCUUUAAGUCAGUGUUUACACUUCCUGUCCGCUCGCUAGUAUUAUCAGAGAAGGAUCGGUCAGUGGUGGAAAGUGAUCACUCUGGAUAUGUGUGUCGUGUCUUUAUCUCAGGAUCGUCACUUCAUAAAAAAUAAAAAAAGGACGACUGGUUUUCAAAUAUGUUCAUUAAGGCAAUAAAAAUAAUAAUAAAUAAUGACUGGAUCAACCUUUGUGAUCCUAAAAAAACAUAACCUGCUAUUUCUGAGAAACAUCGAAAUUAAUUAUCAGGAGAAAAGGACCUGAGAUAAUCUCCGAUGUGUUGAAUCGAAAUAAGAAAAUAACGAAGUGUUGAUCUGGAGUUUCUUCAGGCGGUCCGACGCCGUCUGAGGAACGUGUCCCUCAGUGACAGCUGGAGAACAAAUAAAGAUGUUUCACACAC